CGACUGCCUGGUUGCACAGCUUCGUACUUUGCGCUUCACUUUGCAUAGGUAUAGCUGUAAGGAUAACACAAAACCCACCAAGCAUUGUUCUUCCGUCUUCGGAUCCAGAGUUGGUUAACGUCGAUUGUAACGUUACGGCUGAUGAAACACAAUUGACGGUACUUGUUUUAGAACAUGAAGUCAACGAAAACGUCUGGAUGAUGAUUGGAAUAAGAGACUCUUCAGAUUUACCACUAACAUUGCUACACAAUUUAGGAAUGGAAAACAUAUCAUUAUCGGGCAAGUUGGAUGCUAACAAACCAUCAGAGAGUUACCUUCGUUUGACGUUUGCUGUAUUGGAAGUGGCUUGUCCAUAUGUGUAUUCAUUUCGGUGUGGUCUAUUAGGGAUUUCAGUUUCUCCAACCCUGGUCUUAAACGUAACAUUGGCACCAUCGGACGUACGUUUGUGGGCUACGAUCGACGAUCAUAGCGUAGGCACAGGAACACCAGACAAACCCAUUUCUGUCAGCGUCGGGCAAGAAUUAACUUUGACGUGUUCUGCCAACAUUGGCCUAAACAAAAAUGAAACAGAAGUUUACUGGAUUCGCUGGGAGGAGGCAAAUAUGAAUCAGGCCAAUAUCUGGCAUCCCCAAAACACUCAGUAUACGUUCACUGAAUCUGACUGCUCCUACGUUCAGAAUGCUACUGUUUCACUUAACACGACGGACGUACUCGGAAGGAUUUUGGUGGCGUGCUUUGUACAACCAAGUCAUAGCGGGGUGGUAUACCUCAUAGUGGGUGACCAAGACUCUACAGAAACAACUACGGUUAAUUCAACAAGCGACCAACACUCUACAGAAACAACUACGGUUAAUUCAACAAGCGCCCAAUACCCUACUGAGACAACUACGGUUAAUUCAACAAGCGGCCAAGACUCUACAGAAACAACUACGGUUAAUUCAACAAGCGACCAACACUCUACAGAAACAACUACGGUUAAUUCAACAAGCGCCCAAUACCCUACUGAGACAACUACGGUUAAUUCUACAAGCGACCAACACUCUACAGAAACAACUACGGUUAAUUCAACAAGCGACCAACCUUCUACAGAAACAACUACGGUUAAUUUAACAAGCGACCAACACUCUACAGAAACAACUACGGUUAAUUCAACAAGCGCCCAACACCCUACUGAGACAACUACGGUUUAUUCAACAAGCGACCAACACUCUACAGAAACAACUACGGUUUAUUCAUCAAGCGACCAACACUCUACUGAGACAACUACGGUUUAUUCAACAAGCGACCAACACUCUACUGAGACAACUACGACUAUGUCAACAAGCGCCCAACACCCCGCAGAAUCAACAAUGGCUAUUUCAACAGGCGACCAACACCCUACAGAAACAACCACGGUUAAUUCAACAAGCGCCCAACACUCUACAGAAACAACUACGGUUAAUUUAACAAGCGCCGAACACCCUAUUGUGACAACUACGGCUAAUUCAACAAGCGACCAACACUCUACUGAGACAACUACGGUUUAUUCAACAAGCGACCAAUACCCCGCAGAAUCAACAACGGCUAUUUCAACAGGCGAUCAACACCCUACAGAAGCAACAACGGCUAUUUCAACAGCACAGCCAAGUGCAACCACAGAUAUUGACGUGUGUACCGCACUUGCUCCUUGUUAUAACGAUGGGACGUGUGAAAACCUGGACGGUUACUACAGAUGCAACUGCCCUUAUGGAUGGAGCGGACAAAACUGCAGCCAAGAUAUUGACGAGUGUGUCACACUAUCACCAUGUAUGAACAACGGGACAUGUGAAAACCUAAACGGUUCCUACAGUUGCAUUUGCCCUCAAGGAUGGAGCGGACAGAACUGUAGUCAAGAUAUUGACGUGUGUACCGCACUUGCUCCUUGUUAUAACGAUGGGACGUGUGAAAACCUGGACGGUUACUACAGAUGCAACUGUCCUAAUGGAUGGAGCGGACAAAACUGCAGCCAAGAUAUUGACGAGUGUGUCACACUAUCACCAUGUAUGAACAACGGGACAUGUGAAAACCUAAACGGUUCCUACAAUUGCAUUUGCCCUCAAGGAUGGAGCGGACAAAACUGUAGUCAAGAUAUUGACGUAUGUACCGCACUUGCUCCUUGUUAUAACGAUGGGACGUGUGAAAACCUGGACGGUUACUACAGAUGCAACUGCCCUUAUGGAUGGAACGGACAAAACUGCAACCAAGAUAUUGACGAGUGUGUCACACUAUCACCAUGUAUGAACAACGGGACAUGUGAAAACCUAAACGGUUCCUACAGUUGCAUUUGCCCUCAAGGAUGGAGCGGACAGAACUGUAGUCAAGAUAUUGACGAGUGUUCCACACUGGCUCCUUGUUAUAACGGAGGAACUUGUGAAAACCUGGACGGUUACUACAGAUGCAACUGCCCUAAUGGAUGGAGCGGUGAAAACUGCAGCCAAGAUAUUGAUGAGUGUACCACAAUGGCUCCUUGUUAUAACGGUGGGACGUGUGAAAACCUGGACGGUAACUACAGAUGCAACUGCCCUGAUGGAUGGAGCGGACAAAACUGUCGUCAAGAUAUUGACGAGUGUGUCACACUGUCAUCAUGUAAGUUCAACGGGACAUGUGAAAACCUAAACGGUUCCUACAGUUGCAUUUGCCCUCAAGGAUGGAGCGGACAGAACUGUAGUCAAGAUAUUGACGAGUGUAUCACACUGGACCCUUGUUUUAACGGAGGAACAUGUGUCAACCUGGAUGGUUCCUACAUAUGCAACUGCCCUCAAGGAUGGAGAGGAGAAAACUGCAGUCAAGAUAUUGACGAGUGUGCCACAAUGGCUCCUUGUUAUAACGAUGGGACGUGUGAAAACCUGGACGGGUACUACAGAUGCAACUGCCCUAAUGGAUGGAACGGACAAAACUGCAGCCAAGAUAUUGACGAGUGUACCACACUGGCUCCUUGUUAUAACGAUGGGACGUGUGAAAACCUGGACGGUUACUACAGAUGCAACUGCCCUAAUGGAUGGAACGGACAAAACUGCAGCCAAGAUAUUGACGAGUGUACCACACUGGCUCCUUGUUAUAACGGUGGGACAUGUGAAAACCUGGACGGGUUCUACAGAUGUAAUUGCGUUCAAGGAUGGAGCGGACAAAACUGCAGUCAAGAUAUUGACGAAUGUAUCACAUUGGCUCCUUGUCAUAAUGGAGGGACUUGUGAGAACCUAGACGGUUUCUACAGUUGCAACUGCCCUCAAGGAUGGAGCGGACAGAACUGCAGUCAAGACAUCAACGAAUGUGGUACUCAGUCUGUAUGUGGAGAAGACAAUGUAUGUCAAAAUCUGCCUGGCAGUUACAGAUGUGUUUGUGCCACUGGAUGGACUGGGAGCAAUUGUAAAACUGACAUAAAUGAAUGUUCAUCAUCUAAUUUUUGUGAGAAUCGGGGUUUAUGUUACAAUCUCAUAGGAACCUUUCGCUGUAUUUGUUCUGCAGGAUGGAAUGGGACCAAUUGUGAAAAUGAUGUUAACGAAUGUUCAACGUCUUCAUCAUGUGACACCAAUGCAAUGUGCUCGAACACACCUGGCAGUUUUAACUGCUUCUGUCAUUCGGGAUAUAUUGGCGACGGGAAAACAUGUACACAGAGAGUCUUACUUGACCUGCCCUCCUCCGCUACUAACUACUUAUACAGAGGUGACGAUACGGUUUAUGGUGCCUUCUAUAUUAGUGGUGGACUAGAUUAUUUUGGCAAACGUCAUAACUAUGCUUACGUGAGCAUGAACGGUUACAUAUCACUUGGCCGUAGAAUCAGUUUAAGGAAUCCAAUAACAUCUUCUAGCUCUUGGAAGAAUGUGAGGUAUCCAAUAAUCGCUCCUUUGUGGGCAGACAUCGAAACCGGCGGUGUGUAUGGAGAAUCAGGAUUAACCGUUUACUCAACCACUAACAGAUAUACCAUUCAGCAAUAUUUUGAAAACGCGUUUUCAGAUGAUCAUUUCAAACCACGAUUUUGUUUGGUUGCGACAUGGAAGAAGGCAGUGCCCUACCCAUAUUCUUCAAACGUAAAAUAUGAGAGUGCUGAUUUCCAAGUAGCCAUCGCCACAAACAGAUCGUAUACGUAUGUACUGUUCAACUAUGAUCAACGGAACUUUACAUGGCGUUCGUCUGGUGGACGAAAUGUCAUCGUCGGAUAUUCGACGUCUACGUUGUCGGGCAGUAUUAAGUAUUCAAAAUACAGCUACACAAGGGUCAACAAAGGCAGUAAUGUGGGUUUAAAUGGACGAUGGCGAUACCCAGUUAGUUACCACACUAGUCCUGUAGUACGUGCCAACGCACUUUGUCUGGACUGGUAUUAUGAUAGCUCAGCUCAAAGUAUGCUAUCAUAUGCUCGUCGAUAUAUUCGUGAGCCAUGCCCUUGCACUCGCACACAAGCACAAAGAGAUAAUCGCUUCAGUUACUAUGGAUAUUCCAACGGGUUAUACUUGUACAGGUCGCGAUGGACAAGAUGGCCAUAUAGUUCCCGACAGCUUUGCCAUUAUAAACGUCAUUCAUGGAGUAGCGGUUUUCUGUACAGAGGCCCAUAUAACGGUGGCUACCUUCUAUCCUAUGACUCUCGAAUCGGAGUUCCGGACGCUUACAGUAACUGUUGCGUGAGAAGUCGGAAGUACUGUUCAUUGUUUUACUCUAAAAACCCAUCCGACACAUGCACUGGUUAUAGGCCACCAUCUUGGAGACCAUCUGGAGGUGAUCCUCAUAUUUCCACAAUAGACGGCGCCAAGUAUACGUUUAACGGGCGUGGAGAAUAUGUACUGGUGCAACAUACUUCAGAAAAUAUUUCGAUGAUCGUGCACGUAAGAACGGAACUGAUGAAUGAAGAUGACACGGAUGCCACCAUCUUUACAGGAAUGGUCGCACAGGAGACGGAGCAUGGUGUUGGUGAUAGAGUUGAGGUCAUACUUAACAAAACGAGCAACAUGUCAGAUAUAUACAUAAAUGGCAAUUUAACUGCAACGUUUGGGAGUGAUAUGACUCAACCUGUCUCUAUCGAAGGACAAAGAGUUAGUUUGUUCAAUGAUUCUGAGCGACUAGUGAUGACCUUUGAAUCAGGAGCUUCAUUUCAGGUUUCCGUUCACUCCAUCCUUGAUAUUGUAUCUUCUAUGCCCGAAAAUGAAGAAUUCAAGGGGAAUAUCCGUGGGCUUCUUGGCAACAACGAUGGAGACAGUAGUAAUGACUUCGUACUAAGGAACUCGUCUGUGCUACUCAAUACGUCUUCGGAAGAAGAGUUAUUUGCUUUUGGGGAAUCCUGGAGGAUUCAAAAGAACGAAUCUUUAUUUGACUACACGCUGGUGAACAAAUCAUAUGAGUAUUUCAAUAACAUUUCAAUUCGACCUCACAAUUUCCUUAGCGAUAUGGUAGAUGGAAUGUCGGGAUACAUUGAAAAGCAUUGUCCUGGUUCGACAUUUACAACGGAAGAUGUUGAAGUUUCCUGUGGCAGUAAUGUUGCUUGCAAAGUUGAUGCCAUUGCUACAUGCGAUAUAGAAUUCGGGAAGGCCUCGAAAAGUAACGAGGAAGAAGUUGAAGCUGUAAACGUUGCCAUAGGUUAUAUUAACAACUCAAUUCAAAUCGCUUUUGGUUAUUACCUUUGA